UAAUUGGCCAAUAAAGCAAGCCUUACCCAAUGAUCCUUAUCCUAGGCGGGGCCUAAUGGGAACGUAUGGCCAAUCAGCGGCGGCGUUACUUUUGCGGCUCCACGUCGGCACCAGCUGCGGGGCAAGAUGGAGGCGCUGAUUUUGGAACCUUCCCUGUAUACUGUCAAAGCCAUCCUGAUUCUGGACAAUGAUGGAGAUCGACUUUUUGCCAAGUACUAUGACGACACCUACCCCAGUGUCAAGGAGCAAAAGGCCUUUGAGAAGAACAUUUUCAACAAGACCCAUCGGACUGACAGUGAAAUUGCCCUCUUGGAAGGCCUGACAGUGGUAUACAAAAGCAGUAUAGAUCUCUAUUUCUAUGUGAUUGGCAGCUCCUAUGAAAAUGAGCUGAUGCUUAUGGCUGUUCUGAACUGUCUCUUCGACUCAUUGAGCCAGAUGCUGAGGAAAAAUGUAGAAAAGCGAGCACUGCUGGAGAACAUGGAGGGGCUGUUCUUGGCUGUGGAUGAAAUUGUAGAUGGAGGGGUGAUCCUAGAGAGUGAUCCCCAGCAGGUGGUACACCGGGUGGCAUUAAGGGGUGAAGAUGUCCCCCUUACGGAGCAGACCGUGUCUCAGGUGCUGCAGUCAGCCAAAGAACAGAUCAAGUGGUCACUCCUUCGGUGAAGACCUCACUGUUCCUGGCUCUUCAUCCUCUUCAAAAAAUUUGCAUGUCUGCUGUGAAUUUUCAUCUAGUUCCCCAAUCGAUGCUCUCAGGGUCAUCUCGGGGAUCACAGGGAUCCUUAAAUCUCCAUUCUGUUUGUGGUUGCCCCCUCAACCUCCCCUACACCCUUCCUAUUCUUUUUCAUUCUUCUUGCAGUUCUGGGAGUAAAGCUCCCAGCAUAUUUAGAAAAUAGGGCAGGGGAAGCACCCUCUUUCUUUCUAGACUGGAUUAUGCUCACAUGCUCCCUUGCCCUGACAUUUUUGUAAAUUCUGUGCCCUUUGCUGUAGCUACACUUCAGAUUAAAGUAGGAGAAAGAA